CAGCUCCUCCCGGGACAAGGACCGCAGUGUGACGGUCAGUAGUUUGGUGUCCAUGCCUGCUGGCGGGAAGGGAAGCCGGGCCAGCUGCUCCCAGCCCACAGGGCAGAAGGCCCCGAAUCGCCUGAUCAACGAGAAGUCGCCGUACCUUCUGCAACAUGCCUACAACCCUGUGGACUGGUACCCCUGGGGUCAAGAAGCCUUUGACAAGGCCAGGAAAGAAAACAAACCAAUUUUCCUCUCAGUGGGGUACUCCACCUGCCACUGGUGCCACAUGAUGGAGGAGGAGUCAUUCCAGAACGAGGAGAUCGGCCGCCUGCUCAAUGAGGACUUCGUCAACGUGAAGGUGGACCGGGAGGAGCGGCCGGAUGUGGACAAGGUGUUCAUGACCUUUGUGCAGGCCACCAGCAGUGGCGGGGGCUGGCCCAUGAGCGUGUGGUUGACGCCCAGCCUCCAGCCCUUUGUGGGGGGCACCUAUUUCCCCCCUGAGGAUGGCUUGACCCAAGUUGGCUUCCGCACGGUGUUGCUGAGAAUACGGGACCAGUGGAAACAGAACAAGAACACCCUGCUGGAUAACAGCCAGCGCGUCGCCACAGCCCUGCUGGCCCGGUCCGAGAUCAGCAUGGGUGACCGCCAGCUGCCACCCUCUGCGGCCACCAUGAACAGCCGCUGCUUCCAGCAGCUGGAUGAGGGUUAUGAUGAGGAGUACGGCGGCUUUGCUGAGUCCCCCAAGUUCCCCACACCAGUGAUCCUCAGCUUCCUGUUCUCCUACUGGCUCAGCCACCGACUAACCCAGGAUGGUUCUCGGGCCCAGCAAAUGGCCUUGCACACCCUGAAAAUGAUGGCCAAUGGAGGCAUCCGAGACCACGUGGGGCAGGGCUUCCAUCGCUACUCCACGGACCGCCAGUGGCAUGUCCCGCACUUCGAGAAGAUGCUCUAUGACCAGGCGCAGCUGGCGGUGGCCUAUUCACAGGCCUUCCAGAUCUCAGGUGAUGAGUUUUACUCUGACGUUGCCAAAGGCAUCCUGCAGUAUGUGACUCGGAACCUGAGUCACCGGUCUGGGGGCUUCUAUAGCGCGGAGGAUGCGGAUUCCCCUCCGGAGCGGGGCAUGAGGCCCAAAGAGGGCGCCUUCUACGUGUGGACAGUCAAAGAGGUCCAGCAGCUCCUCCCCGAGCCCGUGCCAGGCGCCACCGAGCCUCUGACCUCAGGCCAGCUGCUCAUGAAGCACUACGGGCUCACGGACUCGGGCAACAUCAGCACCAGUCAGGACCCCAAGGGGGAGCUGCAGGGCCAGAAUGUGCUGACUGUCCGCUAUUCACUGGAGCUGACCGCUGCCCGUUUUGGCUUGGACGUGGAGGCUGUGCGGACCUUGCUCAACACAGGGCUGGAAAAGCUCUUCCAGGCCCGGAAACAUCGGCCGAAGCCGCACCUGGAUAGCAAGAUGCUGGCCGCCUGGAACGGCCUGAUGGUGUCUGGCUAUGCUGUGACCGGGGCUGUCCUGGGCAUGGAGAGGCUGAUCAACUAUGCCAUCAACGGUGCCAAGUUCCUGAAGCGGCACAUGUUUGACGUGGCCAGUGGCCGUCUGAUGCGGACCUGCUAUGCAGGCUCGGGGGGGACCGUGGAGCACAGCACACCGCCCUGCUGGGGCUUCCUGGAGGACUACGCCUUCGUAGUUCGGGGCUUGCUGGACCUGUAUGAGGCCUCGCAGGAGAGCGCGUGGCUGGAGUGGGCCCUGCGGCUGCAGGACACGCAGGACAGGCUCUUCUGGGACUCCCGGGGAGGCGGCUACUUCUGCAGUGAGGCGGAGCUCGGAGCUGGCCUGCCCCUGCGGCUGAAGGAUGACCAGGAUGGGGCAGAGCCCAGUGCCAACUCUGUGUCAGCCCACAACCUCCUCCGCUUGCACGGCUUCACGGGCCACAAGGACUGGAUGGACAAGAGCGUGUGCCUACUGACCGCCUUCUCUGAGCGCAUGCGCCGUGUGCCCGUGGCAUUGCCUGAGAUGGUUCGCGCCCUCUCAGCCCACCAGCAGACCCUCAAGCAGAUCGUGAUCUGUGGGGACCCCCAAGCCAAGGACACCAAGGCUCUGUUGCACUGUGUCCACACCAUCUACAUCCCUAACAAGGUGCUGAUUCUGGCCGAUGGGGACCCCUCCAGUUUCCUGUCCCGUCAGCUGCCCUUUCUGAGUUCCUUGCGUCGGGUAGAAGACAGGGCCACUGCUUAUGUGUGGGAGAACCAGACCUGCUCGAUGCCCAUCACCGAGCCCUGUGAAUUACGAAAACUGCUCCACCAGUGACUGCCUCAUUCCCCUUUGGGGUGGGGCAGGAGGCGGAGCUUCCCUACUGAGCAGAGACUCCGGCCUUGCAGGGCCCAACAGAACCUGGGGCCGUCCAAGGGCACUCUGUCCCAGGUCUCCUUGGUCAUCCUUGCUGCCCUCCCACAGGCACCCACUCACCCUAGAAUAAACCUAAGCGUCCUGCGGUAA